AUGCUGGGCAUCGUCUUCGGCGUCGGCGCGGUGAUCGCCAUGCUGUCGAUCGGUGCCGGCGCCGAGCAACAGGCCCUCGAGACCAUCGGCCGGCUUGGCCUGAACAACGUCGUGGUGCGCGACAGUCAGCUCGAGGACGAGGAGCUUCAGGAAGCCCGCACCAAGUCCCCCGGCCUGUCGCGGCGUGAUUGCGAGGCGAUCAUCGAUGCAGUACCGGCGGCCGAAUUGGUCGCACCAAAGGUCAAUCUCAAGCCCUACGUCGUGCUGGCCGCAGAAGGCACCACCGACGCAGAGGUCUACGGCGUUGCCGAGCGCCAUGCCGAGCUCACCCACCUGGAGUUGCUCGAGGGUCGUUUCAUCGACGCUCUCGACGUGCGCGAGCACGCCCAGGUGGCGGUGAUCGGCGAGUCGGUGCGGCGCGACCUGUUUGGGCAUCAGCCGGCCCUCGGCGAGCACCUCAAGGUCGACGACGUGUGGCUCGAGGUGGUCGGCGUGUUGGCAGCGGCCGGCGGCGAGGUCGAUGCCUUCCAAGGUGUGCAGCUCGGCGCGACCUCGACGGCGAUCUACUUGCCGGUGUCGACCGCGCUGCGCAAGUUCGAUCGCGGCAACCUCAAGGCUGAGCUCGAGGAGAUCGUCAUUCGCCUCGAAGCCGGCGCCUCCGGCCGCGAGACCGCCAAGGUGGUGGAUGGGCUGCUUGACCACCUGCACGCCGGGGUCGACGACUAUGAGCUGGUGGUCCCCGAAGCCCUGCUGGCAGAAAGCCGCCGCACCCAGCGGAUGUUCAACAUCGUGAUGGGCUGCAUCGCCGGGAUUUCAUUGCUGGUGGGCGGUAUCGGCAUCAUGAACAUCAUGCUCGCCUCGGUCCUCGAGCGUACCCGAGAGAUCGGCGUGCGCCGCGCAGUGGGGGCCAAGAAGCGCGACAUCCUGCAGCAGUUCAUCGUCGAAAGCUUCACCCUGUCGGCGUUGGGCGGGGUCAUCGGCGUGCUGAUGGGCAUGGCGAUCGCCCGCAUCGUCGCCGCCUCGGCGGGCUGGCCCACCCUGGUGCAGAUCUGGUCGAUCCUGCUCGCCACCGGAGUGGCGAUGGGGGUUGGCCUGGCCUCCGGCCUGUACCCAGCCCUGCGCGCCGCCAAUCUCGAUCCGAUCGAAUCAUUGCGUUACGAAUGA